AGGGGAGAGCGGAGGCAGCGCGGCGGCCAGCAGCAGACAGACGGACUGCGGGAGCAGCGGCGCGCAGCCGGGUGUGGAGAAGCAGCAGCUCCACGACGAUGGGAGUGGAGAUAGAGACCAUCACCCCCGGGGACGGACGGACUUUCCCCAAAAAAGGACAGACGUGCGUGGUGCAUUAUGUCGGUUCUCUGACAGACGGACGGAAGUUUGACUCGUCUCGGGACCGGGACAAGCCGUUCCGCUUCAAGAUCGGCAAGCAGGAGGUGAUCCGAGGCUGGGAGGAGGGCGUCGUGCAGAUGAGCGUUGGUCAGAGAGCCAAGCUCACCUGCUCGCCCGACUUCGCCUACGGGAACAAAGGUCACCCCGGCAUCAUCCCUCCAAACGCCACGCUGGUCUUCGACGUCGAGCUGCUGGGACUCGAAUGAAACAAGCCCACAGCCUUUUUUAUUUUAUUUUGUUUCUUUAAGCCUCGUGUGACUUCGAACAGGAGCGACCUGGACAGGAUCCAGGAGAGUCUGCACUGGAUCCUUAACGAAGCCCCGGCCUUUAGCCCCACCUCCCUCCUCCGUCACACUUCCCCGGUUUGCGUUACUUCUUCUCUGUGGCUCGGUUACGUUUUCAGAGCCACCCCUCCUCUUAGAAACCACGGGCGGCGACUUUACAGCCCCCCCUCGCCCUCGGCCUUCAGUUCGCUCUCGAUAGCUUCUCUUUGUUUUUGAAGUGUUGGUUGUGCAUGGUUAAUGCUCAGAAGUACAAACAUUAGCGAUGAGCCCCGAGCAGCAGCAGCGUUGAGUCGGCCCGGGCUCGUUGGUGCAGCAUGAGAGUAGAAAAGCACACAUCUGUGUCCCCAUCAGCCCGGAACUGAGUGAGACGGAGGACUGUAGUGAAACGUGGAGGGAGGCCACGCUGCUGUGCAGACGACUUUGGCUGACUCAGUUCUCUUUGGCCAGGUUGGAAAACUCUGUGUGUGCAAAAGCUUAGCAUCCUGUCAUCCUCCUCCUGAUUAUUGAUUAUUGCCUUCUCAUCUCACCGAGUCAUGAAAGUCCAUUUAAAGCCAGACACAGGUCCAGCAGUGCAGACGCCAUUCAUGCACUGCAAUUUUUUAUUUUUCUGUCAAAAUUAAAAAAAGGAGUGCUUGAAAUGUUGUAAAUCAGUGCCGAAGAACCAAUCAAACAGUGGCCUCCCUCCUGACCUUAUUUUGUGUACCAACUUCAAUCAAUCAUGUAUUUUUCAGAUGCCAACUUUUUACCUGUGAAUCAUCAGAAGUACGACGAUCAAUGUUCUUAUUAUUGUUUCUUUUCUUUUUUUUUCUUACUUGUAGUCUGUUUUAGGCCAAUAAACCCUGAUGCAUUAGGCUUUUUGUUAGUGUCUUAAAGGACUGGUGUUAAAUGGAGUGGAAACGCCGGCCUGGCCGUCCAUGUGCGUACCGGCCCAGCAGCAGCCCACCUCUGUACUGUGCCGUUCUGUGCUGAUACUUACUGUAUGCAGGCGAAACCAAUGAUAUUUAAAAUAAAACCACUGCUC